CAAGGGUUACAUUACCCAAGAGCGUUGGGCGGAGCUAUGGCAGAGAUGUUUACGCGUUGAUUAUGUUCCUGUUGUCGACGUGAGAAAGAUCAAACCGAAGUCGGCAGAAUGGACAGCCCGAGACAGUGCGAUAUUUGAGACCCUGAAGUAUUUAGCCAAGCCCCAAGACAUAGGGAGCUUGUGCCAGAAAGAUUUUGAGGAACUUGAUCGUCAGAUGAAGGGCGUGAAGCAGUAUACACAUGGCGGAGUGUUGAAUGAUUUCAAGCCAGAGCAAGCAGAUAACUUUAGCCCCGAAGAAUGGAAGUUGAUCGCUAAAGAGUUUUAUCAGUGGGCAGGAAAAGAUUACAAACAGUUUUG